AUUGGGCCAUAAAACCGCCGACGUGCAAAUUGGCCCACUAAAGACACGUGCGUUGAGGCCAAACGCUCAAUUCUUGAUGCUUCCAUAAUUCUCGAUGGAUUCCGUUUCUUCACUCCUCUCAACAAUUUCAUUUUUUCGUUGCCCACGGUCGCCAUAAGAGUCUCUGUACCACCCACCGAAAGCUUCGAAAUGUCUUCGCUAGUAGCUGGCUUUGCAAACAAGAUGGUUUCCUCUUCCGAGACGUGUGGAUCGAACACACCAGUGAAUGCACUGUUUACUCUGACUGGAAAAACAGUAGUAGUCACCGGCGGUGGUCGCGGACUUGGCCUAAGCCUCACCGUUGCCAUCCUGGAGGCUGGCGGGCAUGUGGCGUGUUUGGACAUUCUUCCCGAACCAAGUAACGCAGAGUGGACAUCCCUUUUGGAAACCGCCAGAAGGUCAUCUACUACAGCUUCCUAUUGGAGGUGCGACGUUACAAGCGAAGCAGAAGUGGCACGAGUACUGAAGGAGAUAACGCAUGAGAGCGACGAGCGAGGCGCUCCCGUACAAGGUUUGGUCGCAUGCGCAGGCAUCCAGCAAAAGAUUCCAGCGCUCGAGUACGAAGCGUCAGAUUUCGAACGCAUUCUGAGGGUUAAUGUCAUUGGCGCCUUCAUAUCGGCCAAAGAAGUUGCGAAGAUCCUCAAGGAUCGAGGAAAUGGUGGUAGCAUAGUCCUGAUCGCAAGCAUGUCUGGUCAGGUGGCUAACAGGGGCCUGACUUGCACCGCGUACAAUUCCAGUAAAUCGGCAGUCCAUCAGAUGUGUCGGUCCCUUGCGCAGGAGUGGGGACAGUACAGCAUCAGAGUGAAUACGCUUUCGCCCGGGUACAUCCGAACCGACAUGACCGAUGAACUGCUCACGGCAGACCCGAGCCUCGAGAAGGUCUGGAUGGCCGGCGCUCUGCUCGGAAAGCUAGGGGUACCAGAUGACUUCAAGGCGCCUGCCGUGUUUCUGCUUGCCGAUGGUAGUCGUUUCAUGACCGGUGCAGAUCUAAGGGUUGACGGUGGCCAUUGCGCUUCGGCAUAGAAGAGUAUGCUAUAGAGUUUAGCCUACUCUUUAUUACACGUACAAGGUAGAGAUAACAAAUAGA